CAUUUGGGGGAUAUCUGUACUGUCCUGACAUUUGGGGGAUAUCUGUACUGUCCUGACAUUUGGGGGGAUAUCUGUACUGUCCUGACAUUUGGGGGAUAUCUGUACUGUCCUGACAUUUGGGGGGAUAUCUGUACUGUUCUGACAUUGGGGGGAUAUCUGUACUGUUCUGACAUUUGGGGGAUAUCUGUACUGUCCUGACAUUUGGGGGAUAUCUGUACUGUUCUGACAUUUGGGGGAUAUCUGUACCGUCCUGACAUUUGGGGGAUAUCUGUACUGUUCUGACAU